UCAAUAUGUAGUGAAAACUUUAUUACAUUAUCAUUCCAGUUCUACUUAUACUUGUUAUACAUAUAUACUGGGUUUGAUGUCUAAUGGAGUGUUAAGAAUCUUUAACUCUGCAUUGACACAUAAAGUGAGUAUAAAUGUCUAUUAGGAAAUUCUCAAUGCAGGUGGAGAAAUAAUUUAGAAUGAAUUUAAUGAUUUUUAUUUUACUGAUGUUCCAACUUAUACAAAACAGACUACAAACGCCCAUAUCAUAUUUACAUCAUAAUCUUUGAAUUACAAAUUUAGAUUGGUUUAUGACACCUACAAUUACAAACUUUCAUCAUUCACUUAUCAUUAUGCAUUAAGUCGAUAUUAUGAUGCUUAAACAUUACCUGGAAUGUGGAUUGAUAACUAUUCUCAAAUUGCUAUAAUUCCAUAUAGACAAAAUGAUAAAAAAAUAUUUUUAUUUUUCGAACUUCCUGAUAAUUCUGUAGUCGAUAAGAGGAUGGUAUAUUCUUAUGGGGGGAUCUCUGAAUACCAUGAUUUUACUGAUUCGGAUAGAGUAUCCUGUACAGUAUAAAAUAAUGUAAACAAUUUAAUCUAUUUAGGUUGCUAUUUUGGGAGUCAGUUCAAAGUUUGAAUCGAAUAUGUUUUACAUAAAACAUUACAAUGUAAAUUUAAAACAAAAGUUGAUUGUUGAUAAUACAGGGGGCAAUCUAUUGAAUUAAAUAGGCUCAUUAGAACUGUCAAACACCAUAAAUUCAGAAUAACUUUAGUUUAAUAUCAAAAUAAUAUCAUCUGAAUAGAAAGAAGAAAAUCCGUAGAUUGGUUCAAAUGAAACAGACACUAAUCAAAAUGAUUAUUUAUACAUAUGA